UUGGCUUCUCCAUUCCCAUUUGUCUUUUUAUACUUAAAACAAAACUAAAAAAAAAAUAACCACAGCCGUUGAAACUUCCGAGAAAAGUUUUCAGUUCAGGCAAUGAAGUGAAGUGAGAAUGGGUUUUUUCGGAAGACUAUUUGGGAGCAAGAAGCAAGAAAAAUCAUCAUCAUCGAACAGACGAAGAUGGAGCUUCGCUACUACUAAAUCCUCACAUCCGGCGAAUGAUUCGUCUUCUCAUCCAAGCAAAAGACGUGGGGAUGAUGACAGCUUAGACGGCGAUAAGCAUGCGAUAGCCGUCGCGGCUGCUACAGCUGCGGUGGCUGAAGCAGCACUAGCUGCUGCUCGUGCGGCGGCGGAAGUCGUGAGACUCACCAAUGGUGGUAGAAACUCGUCCGCAACUCAAACAUGUCGGAGUAAUCGCCGGUGGACUCAAGAUUAUAGAGCGGCGUUGAAGAUUCAAUCCGCUUUUCGUGGCUACUUGGCGAGGAGGGCGUUGAGAGCACUGAAGGCGUUAGUGAAGCUUCAAGCAUUAGUGAAGGGACACAUAGUAAGGAAACAAACGGCUGAUAUGCUGCGUCGGAUGCAAACACUGGUUCGGCUCCAAGCUCGAGCUCGAGCGUCCCGUUCUUCACACGUCUCUGAUUCAUUCCACUCGUCAACAUCAAUGGUCCCAUCAUCUUCCCCACAAUCUUUACACGCACGACGCCUUUCAGAGGCUGAAUACAGCAAAGUCAUUGCCAUGGACCACUACCGUUCACCGAUGGGUUCGAGCAGGUUAUUAGACCAAUGGAGGACAGAUGAAACUCUAUGGAAUGCACCACAGUACAAUGAAGAUGAUGACAAGAUUCUAGAAGUCGACACUUGGAAGCCUCACGUGAGGGAGUCACCAAGGAAAAAAGGAUCUCUUAUGGCUCCAACAAGUGUGGAGAGCAGUCCACAAUUAAGGUCUAGAACAGGAAGCAGCAGUGGUGGUUCAAGGAGAAAAACUCCCUUCACACCUAGGAGAAGCGAGUACGAGUACUACUCUGGGUAUCACCCUAACUACAUGGCUAACACUGAGUCUUACAGAGCAAAAGUCCGGUCACAAAGCGCACCAAGACAGAGGCUACAAGAGUUAACUUCAGAGAGUGGCUACAAGAGGUCUAUACAGGGACAGUACUAUUACUACACAGCAGCUGCAGAGCGAUCUUUUGAUCAGCGUUCGGAUAACGGGAUCUCGGGUUACAGAGGAGUUUCUGAUGGGUUAGAUCGAAACCAAAGUGAGAAAUCGAAGAUGUAUACUUCGUUUUUCAGUUCUAAUCCUCUUUACUUUCAAUAGUCGAAAGGAUGAAAAAGUAUUGAGUGGGAAUGUGUAAAACUUAGAUUUGGACACACGAGUACAGUACAGACAGACAGUGAUCAAUCUGUGUUUUGUAAUUUCAUUUGACUAGA